UCGCUUAUCCUCUCCGGCGUCACGCCCCCGUAUAAGUAGCCGCACGCACUCCAUUACGUUAAUCCCCAGCUCCAGCUUAAAUAUACUCCCGCACGCCUGCCUAGAAGCUCGCGACGACGAGGAAGAAGGGGCAGACCAGAUACCAAGACAACCACUAGCCUGCUCUUGUUGAGAAGGAAGCGAUUCUUGGAAACCAGAGAUAUACUAUGGCGGUGACAGGGACGACGGUGGCGGCGGCGGCCACGAUGCUGGCAGCCCUAGCGGCGAUCUUCCUCUCCUUCGUGCUCUGCUUCUACAUAUUCCUCUGCGCCAAGCGCUCCAGAGGAACCGCGCCGCCGGCCCCGGGCAGCGGCUUCCUCGCGCACCUCCGCUACUUCUUCUGCGGGGGCAACGGCCUCGCCGCCUCGGGCGACGGCGCCGGCGCCGCCGUGUGGUACUACGACGGGGGCCUCGACGAGGCGUCCAUGGCGUCGCUGCCCAGCCGGGCGGUGGCCAAGGGCGAGGCGAUGCACUGCGCGGUCUGCAUCACGGAGCUGGCCGCCGGGGAGGCCGCGCGCGUGCUGCCGCGCUGCGGCCACGGCUUCCACGUCGCCUGCGUCGACAUGUGGCUCAAGUCCCACUCCACCUGCCCGCUCUGCCGCCGCCCCGCCGUCGACGCGCCGCCCAUGCCGCCGCCGCCCGUGCACGCGCCCGAGGCCGACCAGGAGGCGCCCAACUUCCCCACCAACGUCCUCUUCUUCGGCUCGCAGGACGACGUCAGCACCGGCAACGCCCAGCAGCAGACGCCCGCCCUCGCCAUGCCUCCUCCUCCUUCUCCUUCGGCGCAAGAACCGGCCUCCGGGCCGCGCGGAAUCAGGCGGCUUCUCGGGUGUGGCGGCACAUCGCCGCCCCGGCACCAAGAAGACAACGCGGUUAGGGACAUAGAGAUGGGGCUCGCCGGCGGUGGCGAUAACAGCUCGUCGCGGCAACCCAAGCCACCAGCAGGCUCUUGUUGAGGCUCCGCCGGCAGCAGCAUGGUGGACCCCUGCUUCCUUCCUUCCUUCUUCCCGACUUAAUUUUGUGCCGUCUUGCUUGCGUGCCGUCAUCGCAAGUUUUCCUAGCUUGUGCUCCGGUUGCUACAAUCUUCGGAGCAGAGUAAAAAACUGUACAGAUUCUUGUAGAUGUUCGAUGUAUAUUGUGGAUAGAAUGAUCAUGUUCAGGCAUGACACCACCACAAAGAAGAAAACAAAAAAAAUAGAGCUUCAAGUUUGCAUA